CAUCAACAUGCGCAGUUCUGCCACAGAAGAUUGGAUGUGUUUUUAGCAUCUGGAAAAACAGAUUUGCCAUUAACGUUAACUAGAAUUAAAUGAAAUAUGCUAUCCAACAAACGCAAAACUUUAGCUUAUGUGGAAAAGAUAUGAUAAUAAUAAUCUAAUAAUUAUAGUAGUUAUACACAGACAUAUUUGCUAGGAUUAUUUCUAAAUUGACUUUAUCUAGCUGAUGUUGACUAUACUAGAUAACGCAAACUAGAAAACAUUCUUAGAUAACAAGAGCAGUAGCUAAGUUAGCUAUCUAAUGUUAGCUAUAUUGGAUGUAGUGGCAAAAAAUGUAGCCUGUGUAGGUUAUACUACUGCUACCUCAAUGUCGUUGUUUGCAUGUAAUUGGAGGACAAAUUAGACAGACAUCACUCAAUAUGGAGGAUGGGGAGGAUCUCGAGAUGCUGGGGGAGAAGCUGUAUGGCCUAAUAUAUCCUAGGCACGCGGAAAUGGCUGGGAAACUAACAGGGAUGUUGCUGGAGCUGCCUGGUUCUGUACUGGCACAGAUAAUGCAGGAUGAGGCUAUGUUGACUGAGGCUCUGAAUAAAGCAAUCAGUGCUCUCCAGCUGUCCGGGGACAACAGCAGUGAGAUGGAGCCCCAGGAGGAAGAUCAAGCAUCUACUUCCUCAGACUCGCUGGGCGAACAGCUGUACAAGCUUGUGGAAGUCUACAACACUGGUCUCACAGAGAAAAUUACAGGCAUGUUGUUGGAGCAAAAGAAACUGGAGGUGCAGAAACUUCUCUUUGAUCCUGGCCUUUUGGAGGAAAGGGUUAAUAUUGCAUUGAAGAUGCUGGAGGACGGACAAAGCCCAGAAGAGACGGACGUUAGUGACUUCUCAGAUCCUGAUGACACAGAGAGGUUGGGGGAGAAACUGUUUGCGAUCGUGCGACAGAUCGAUGCAGUAAAGUGUGCUGACAUCACAGGCAUGCUGCUAGAAAUGGACCAUGGAACACUGAGGCAGGUUCUGAGUGACCAGGCCAUGCUAGAGGCAGCUGUUCAGAAAGCCCAGUCAGCACUGCUGGGACAUGACAGUCACACCCCCUCAGACCACACCACCUUGUCAUCAGGGACAGAUUCUUCAGAGAGCAAGCAGACUUGAGCACAGGACUUGACUGAUCCAGAACACACAGAGUGACUGCGGGUGUAAAGAAGCAUGGACAGACUACUGUGGCUGUCUACAACAAGAGCUUGAGACUGAGGCCUUAGUCAAUAACGUCUCAGCAAUGACUUCUGUACAACACUGCGGUAUGUGUGGCGCUGAGGGGCCCUGAGGGGCCAUGGCAACAAUGCAGUUAAAUAAAUCUUGUCUUCUUCGCAGGGCACUUUGUAUCAAGACAAAAUAUAAUGUAUAUAUAGUGCCACGUUCCUGAUUCAUAAUCAGAUUUCAAGCUUGAAAAAAGGCCUUACUCCCCAGGUUCAUGUAGUAAUUCUGCACAUUGUAGAUAAAAAAUAUAUUUCUUUUAUAAUGAAAUUGAUUAGGAAAGUUAUUGUGGAAUACAGGAGAAUUUAAUUGUGGUGUUCUCUAUUUUAAUGUAUAUUUUGGACCGUGCCAAUUGGCUCACAAAAAGCUGCCAUUUAUGAGGUUUCAGUCUUUUACCCAUUAUUUCAUAACCAUGAAACCUCAUGAAAGGGGUUAAGGUAUUUGCACAAAAGCAGAUCAAUGUAAUGAAACCCUGAAAGUGAGCUACAGUACAGGCAAAGAAUUUGUUCUGCGGAGGUGCUUAAACAGUGAAUACUCACUGAAGAAGCAGCAGUGAUAAUGUAUGGAUAUAAACACAUUAUCUUGGCAAUUUUUGUUAAUGUAGGGUGUUUUAAACUUGCUCCUGGUGACCCACUGCAUAUGCAGGUUUUUGAUCCUACCAUAAUUGCAUAGUAAUGAGCUGUUAUCUGUCCUUAAUUAGUUCUGUGUAGCACAUGAUUCCUUUAGAAAGAGGUUACAUUUAUGAAUCGAUGCAAUUAUAGGCUGACAGGGCUACAAUCACUGAGGUCCUUGAAAUUGUGGUCCACUGUUCACUGAAACUAAUCUAUUUGUGAAAAAUGAUGGGUUCAGUAACAGAGCAAAGGGUAGAGAGCCAAACCUGCAUUAUGUUGUAAUUAGCAAAAGUACAAAAUUGUUAGAACCCAAACAUGUUUUCAACAAUCUUAAUUGAUCAAGAUAUUGGCUGUGACCAAAAACUAUACAGGGUGGGUCCACAGGACAGAGUUUACAAACCACUGUGUAAUGAGUGAGUGAAUGCUGUUUUAUCAAUGAAAGUAAUUCAACAUUGUAAUCAUUUAGAAUUUUGCUCCAAAAUGUCUCAAAGUGUCAAGCUGUAGAAGGAAAAUGAUGUCCAUUUAUUUACAAUAAAUUUCUUUACAGGUG